CAAGAGUAUUUCCUUUUGUGGCCGUUACUUUAGGUGAUUUACAUGGUUAAUAUGUGUCAAUUGUUAUCCAAAGCAAUAAAAUACUUAUUAAAAGUUUAAAAUUAGUUGUUGUGAAACACAAUCAUUUAGAAUACAUAAUCAAAAACUAGACCACCCUGUGACUGCAAUGAAUUUAAAGUUAGCUGUGAUAAAUCGAACCAAUUUAGGAACUAAUAACACAAGCAAUACUGAUGAUCAUCAUAAUAUUAAAAGUAUUACCAUUAAAGAGGAAUAUAAUCAAACGGAAAACAAUACAAAAAACGAAAGAAUGAUAAAAGAGAAGGCACCAUUUCAUUACAACAACUAUCAAAAUGAGAGUGAUUACUUCAAUCAAAAUAUACUAUUUCAAAGAAACGGUCAAGAAGAAUUAAAGAUUCUGGGAAAUAUGGCAAGCAUUAAAAAUGUUUCAAAUACAAAUCCUCUAAGUGGUAACUUAAUUGAUAAACAUAGCCAAUCAAACAAUUUUAGACAAUCUACUUCUAAUAUCAAUUCCAACACAAGCUAUGACACAAAUAUUUUGUAUGUACAAGCAAAAUAUAAAUAUGUAAAAAAAAUAUUUCCGGACAAUUCUCAUCGAUCACGUGUUAACAGCGUUUUUGAAUCAUCUAGUAAAAUGAUAUAUAAUUAUACAAAAACCAAUCUAGACCGAUUUAGAAGAAGGGGAACAAUUUCAUUGCUAGGAUUAUUUGAGCUGACGACUCAAAACGGUAAACGUGACGAUGGUCUAAGUGAAAUGCAAGCUGCUAAGUUGGCCGUAAAACAUAUCAAUGCUAAAAAUAUAUUACCUGGAUACCAACUAGAGUUGCUGAUAAAUGAUACGAAGUGUGAUCCUGGAGUUGGAAUUGAUCGUUUUUUUCAUGCACUUUAUACCCGGCACAAUACUCGAAUUGUGAUGCUCUUGGGUUCGGCAUGUUCUGAAGUAACAGAAACCUUAGCAAAAAUUGUACCUUAUUGGAAUGUUCUACAGGUAUCAUUUGGCUCUACGUCACCUGCUCUUAGUGAUCGUGGACAAUUUCCUUUAUUUUAUCGUACAUCUACCCCUGAUUCUUCACAUAAUCGUGCUCGUAUUGCUUUUAUAAGAAAGUUUAAUUGGGACACUGUUACGACCUUUUCACAAAACGAAGAAGUUUAUUCAUUGGCCAUAAAUGAUCUGGUCACAGAAUUGGAAAGGGCCAACAUUUCGUGCACAGCAACAAUUACUUUUGCUGAAACUGAUUUCAAAGAACAAAUUCGAUUGCUGAAGGACUUAGAUACGAGGAUCAUAAUAGGAAGUUUUUCCCAAAAACUAGCUCCAAUAAUUUUUUGUGAAGCAUAUAAACUGAGUAUGUAUGGUUCAGAUUAUGCAUGGAUGGUACAAGAAGAUUUAGGAUCAUCAUGGUGGUUCCAAAGUACGGACGAAUGUACAGUCAAACAAUUGCAGAAUGUGGUUGAAAAUAUGAUCAUCGUAUCCAGUCACAAUAGCAUAGUAGGUCAAAAACUGUCAUAUAGCGGUCUGAGCAAUACAAUGUUUCAACAAGAACUACAAGGGCUGAAUGUUUCAAAACAUAUUUCAAGAUACGCGGCUCAGACGUAUGACGCUGUUUGGGCUAUUUCAUUAGCUUUACGUAAAGCUGAAGCAUUUUGGCGAAACCGUAACUUAGAACAAUUCAAAUUAGACAGUUUUGACUACACUCGAUAUGACAUGGCAAUGGAGUUUCUUUAUCAGUUUAGUCAGCUUAAGUUUCUGGGGGUUUCUGGUCCUGUGUCAUUUGAUGGAGCUGAUCGUAUUGGAAACACAGCACUCUAUCAAAUACAAUCAAGUAAAGUUGUUCAAAUAUCAUUAUAUUACCCAGAGACUCAGUACUUGGAUUUUGCAUGUAUCAACUGCUCAUCAAUUAAGUGGUACAAAGGACAAACACCGAUUGCAAAAAGAAUACUUAAAUUUCGUAUAGUAACCAUUUCACCUGUAGCAUUUUACACAAUUACUGCUUUUUCUUGUAUAGGAGUGUUAUUGUCAGCACUAUUUCUUUCAUUCAACUUAUAUUUCAGGAAGAUAAAAGCUAUCAAGAUUUCAAGCCCGAAAUUAAGCAAUAUUACUGCUUUAGGUUGUAUUUUGGUCUAUAUGUCAGUUAUAUUUCUUGGAUUAGAUCACAGUACACUACCAGCUUACUGGCUUUUUCCUGCUGUUUGCAUAGCUCGUGUUUCAUUGCUAUCAUCUGGUUUCUCUUUGGCUUUUGGAUCCAUGUUUGCCAAGACAUAUCGUGUUCACAGAAUUUUGUGUGGUGGAGGCCUCUGUAAAGAUCGAAUUUUGCAAGACUCCAAACUUAUACUACUUAUUUGUAUUUUAUUGCUUAUUGAUGGAUUUGUGGUUCUCCUCUGGAUUCUAAAAGAUCCCAUGGAACGAUACUUAAGCAAUUUGAAUUUAGAAAUCAGCACAGAAGAUCGUAGCGUUGUAUAUCAGCCACAGGUAGAGGUGUGUCAAUCACAACACACUUCAAAGUGGCUUGGAAUUUUGUACAUUUAUAAAGGAUUGUUACUGGUUGUGGGAGUUUACAUGGCGUGGGAGACUCGUCAUGUGAAAAUAUCAGCUCUUAAUGACUCGCAAUACAUUGGAAUAAGUGUAUACAGUGUCGUGAUCACCAGCGCAAGUGUUGUAGUACUGGCAAAUUUACUCGCAGAACGAGUUACAUUAUCAUUUAUUAUUAUAUCCGUUUUUAUAUUAAUUAGUACGACGGCAACACUAUGCUUACUGUUUUUACCAAAAAUUCGAGAUAUUUGGCGAAAAGACAACCGUGAUCUAGUGGUACAUAGCAUGGGUUUGAAAAUUGAAUGUAAUACAAGACGAUUUGUCAUGGAUGAUAACAGGGAAGUUUAUUAUAGAGUGGAAGUACAAAACCGAGUCUAUAAAAGAGAGAUAGCAGCUUUAGAUGCAGAAAUCCAAAAGUUAGAGAGAUUGAUUUUAGAGCCACACAUCUCGUCAACAUCAUCUUCUACAAUAACAAUACAAACUUCAAAGAUGGAAGUUUGUAAAGUUUCCGAGCACAUUGAUUUGGAAAAACCGGAGUACGGAACACUUACAAGUGGUUUACCCCUUCUACUACUGUCUGUUCUUCCCUCUGUUCCACGCGCCAGUUGGCCUUCCGCUGAGCACAUGUCGGUGCCAAUGAGACGUUCCGUUACAUUUAAUUCAGAACCUCGAAUGGAUGAGGAAACUUGUCGUUUGCCAUCAUUUGAUUUGAUAAACUUAGGUUUAAAGCAUCAAAGGUGUAUGGAAAAUAAAAGUAUCUUAGAUAAAUUAAAAGGUAUUUUUGGUUCACGAGUUCCAAGUCGUAAAACGUCUCUUGCAUCUGUAAAUGGGCAAGGCAUUACCGCGGCUUUUAAAUCUCAUAUGAAUUUAUUAACUGGAUUAGUGCCCGCGGCUCAUUCAACUUCUUGUAGCACACUAAACCUACCUGUUGUGGACCCAAAAGUACUUCGGAGACCGUCAUUUGCAAAAAGCGGCACAUCUAUUGAGAUAACAGAGCCAGAAUUUGUCGAAACUCGCAGGAUGUCUUCGGUGACUGUAAUAAAAACUCGUGAUUUCUCAUGUUUGAAAACAGAAUUAAAUACUUCAGAGUCUAAAGUAAAUUUUCUUCUGCCACCAAAUAGACGGUCCUCUAUUUUUCAAUUGGAAUCCAAAGUUCCAGAGCGUAUCAAAGGCUCUCCUCGUUAUCCGCAUAAAAUAAUGCCUACCAGCAGCUUAUCAUCUCUUGGAGAGCAACGAAUUUCUAAAGAAAAAAAAAGUAAUACAGCUUUAGAUGCAAGUACAAACAACGAAAGGCGAUCAAGACCUCCAUUCAAGGCAAGAUGGAAAUCAAUGGAUGAUUCAACGUGUACUACAAACUCUUUUGUGAGGAAAAAUACACAAAUACGCAGAGUUUUACCAACUUCACCAACCAUUUUAGAUAAAUGAAUACUUGUGACAA